AUGUUCCAGUUCGUGCAGCGAGUGCUCUGUGUGCUGGCCAUGGCCAGCUGGAUGGCCAGCGAGCGUACGACGGCCAACGUGAUCCUGCAGGAUGACAGUGAUCUGGAGAACGGCAUCGCUGGUUCGAUUGACGUGAUCGACCUGUCCCAUCUCGGACCGGAGGUGUAUGGUGAGCCGGACGAAGCGGUUGGAGCGUUGGUGGCCAAGUUUAACCCCGAAAUCGACGGUGGUAACGUCGAGGAACUGGGCAGCUACGUCGAAGGUGAUAUCCUGAUCGACCGGCCAGGAGCACGCAAUGGGCUCUCAAAUACGGCCACUCGUUGGCCCAACGGUGUCGUACCAUUCGUCGUGUCGGGAAACUUUGGCGCACAAGGCAUGCAGCUGAUCGAGGACGCGAUCAACGAGUACCACGCGAAGACGUGCAUCCGGUUUAGGCCGCGCAUGGGCGAACAGAACUACAUCUCCUUCGAGAGCUCGGACAGCGGGUGUUGGUCGAGCGUAGGUAUGAUCGGUGGCAAACAGGCGGUCAACCUGCAGAUCCCCGGUUGUACCACACUCGUCGGUACCGUCAUGCACGAGAUGAUGCACGCCCUUGGCUUCCUGCACGAGCAGAACCGCGAAGAUCGCGAUGGUUGGGUGGCGAUUCGGUACGAAAACAUUAAAACCGGCACGUCGAACAACUUCGCGAAAGCGACCAAAGGCUCCACCAACAGCUUCGGUGUCGAGUACGAUUAUGGCAGCAUCAUGCACUACUCUGCGAACGCGUUCUCCACCAACGGGAAGCCAACGAUCGAGGCGAAGAAACCUUUGAACGGCGCCAAGCUGGGCCAGCGAGAUGGCUUCUCAUGGCACGAUCUGGAAAAGCUCAACAAGAUGUACCGCUGCCAGGGCAGCAAUGGAAACGAGCAGGCGAUCCUCAGGCCUCCGACACUUGGAACCGGGUUUCUGCCCUCACCAAGCGCACCUUUUGCGCCAGCGAAACCAUCGCCACCGUCCUAUCCUUCGGCCGGUCCGGGCGCUCCGUAUAAUCCGUACUUUCCGAAUAAUGGUCCAAUGGGUGGUUCGUUUUAUCCUCCACCCUAUGGACCUAUGUAUCCCGGUGCAGUUCCCCAUCCCUAUCCCGGAGUGGGCUACGGAUCCGGCUUUGGAUUGUAUCCCCGUGAUGCAGCCACCUCCGACGACCGGACAACUCCAGCUCCCACAUCGAACGACAGUGACUCGUAG